CUCACCACGUUUAUCAGUCACGGUUUAUUCUUCUCAAUCCCCGACCGGCACGCUGCAGUUGAAUCAGCUAAUUGUUUGCGCCUGGAAGCCUAAGCUGGAACUGCAGCCUUUAAUCUAUUAACAACAAACCCCCGCUCCCUCCUUCUAUUGUCGUUUUUUUACGUUUGUCCGCUUUGGCUGGCCCGCUCUCCCUCCUCCGAAGAUCCACGCCCUGAAAUCACACCCGCUGCGCCGAGAAAUCAACAGCACAGGAAGCGAGAGCAGCGCAUCGCUGUGGUUGAUUGAUUUUUGAAUUUAUUGGGAGAGUCAUCACUGAAAGACUCCUGCGAUGCCGUCCGCCACAGCGUCUGGGGUAGACAACGGGGGCGCAGCGAAAUCUCGAGAUCACAACCAAGGCAACCAGGACCGCAAAUACACACCCGAGCAGAAGGCGGCCGUGCUGCGGAUUCGGAAAUGCUCGACCACGGCAUUCUAUGAAAUCUUGGCCGUGGAAAAGACCGCCACGGAUGGCGAGAUCAAGAAGGCGUAUCGCAAGUUGAGUCUAUUGACGCAUCCCGACAAGAACGGAUAUGAAGGAGCGGAUGAGGCCUUCAAGUUGGUUUCCCGUGCUUUCCAGGUCCUGUCCGAUUCCGAAAAGAAAGCCAAGUACGAUAAAUUUGGUGGGGAUCCGGACAGCAGAUUUACCCCCAGCGCUGGACCUUCGGGCGCUUCGCCCUUCAGUGGAUUCGGUGGUGGAUUCCCUCGGUCAGGUGGUGGUGGUCCGAUGUUCGAGGAGGAGAUCUCGCCAGAGGAGCUCUUCCAGCGAUUUUUCAGCGGUGGCUUUGGCCCCAUGGGCGGUGGCUUCGCGUGUACAGGCGGCCCUCAGUUUGUCUUCAAUAUGGGUGGCGGUCCCGGAUUCCGCGUGCAUCAAUUUGGAGGCCAGCGGCCUAGGAGAAGACCCCGCGAAGCCAAUGGCCAGUCCGAGCCGGCGCCGUCACUUUGGUCGACUUUCCAACAACUUCUCCCACUCAUCCUUCUCUUCGUUCUCCCGUGGAUUUCUUCUCGCUUCUCCGGUGCUCCUGCUCCUUCAGGCCCUUCGUACCGGUUUGACGCCGCGGUUUCUCCUCACACCAUGCAUCGCACGACGCCCAAGCUCAACAUUGAUUACUUUGUCAAUCCGAAAGACGUCGAUGACUACAGCGCCCGCAAAUUCCGCCAGUUGGAUCAACGAGUAGAAGUGGAUUACGUGACGAAACUGCGGUAUGAAUGUGAUAGCGAGAUACAUACUCGGGAUCGCAUGAUCCAGGACGCUCAGGGCUGGUUCUUCCCGGACGUAGAGAAGAUCAAGGAGGCACGAUCGAUGGAGCUGAAGAGCUGCAAGCGACUAGAUUCGCUGAAGGGGAGAUUUUAA